AUGAUUUUUUGGGUUGUUGCAUUCCCAUUUUUAUUAGCAAUGAAUACAUUAUUAUUUGGUCCAUUUGGAUUUCUCUUCACCAUAAUAUAUGGUUCCUCAAUGGCAAAUUAUGACACUUUAGAAAAUGGACUUUGGUUUUAUAAUAAAGAAAGUUAUUUAAACACAAUUAUGGAUAUAACUUUGAAAAAGAAAAAAAGCUCUUACUUAAGGUAUCAGGAUAAACCAGUAUCUCAUUUUAAGGAUCUUUAUCAAGCUACAACAAAGAUUACUCACCAAGAGCUGUCACUUGAAUUCUGGGCUUUUUCUGUUCCUUAUAAAAUAAUAAAAUGGCUAUUGACCUUAAUAGGAUAUCUAAUUUUAAUAUCAUUAAGCUUAGUACCUGGAGUUGGUGUCGUCAUAUGGUGUAUACAAUUUUCUGCAGGAAGAGGUAUUGUUUUCAGUUUGCCAUAUGAAAAAAAUAUAAAUUAUGCCUCUGAUGAUGAUAUUAAUGUAUUAUAUUACAAAAGAUAUUAUAAUUGGUUUACGCUAGGGAUUAUAACCGGAUUUUUAGAAAUGAUUCCCUUUGUAUCAGUAAUUACUAGAACAACUUCGUUUAUCGCAUAUGGAUUAUGGGAGUAUGAUAUGAUUUUGUCUAAGAAAAAUCAAGAUAUUUUUAUAGACAAAGGGAAUCAACAUAAACAUCAACAUCAUCACGAUGAUCAAGAACCAGAAGAAGAACCAGAGGAUGAACCAGAGGAUGAACCAGAGGAUGAACCAGAGGAUGAACCAGAGAAUGAACCAGAGGAUGAACAUAAACAUAAACAUGAACAUGAACAUGAACUUGACCAUGAACAAGAACAAGAGCAUCUACAUUUGAUUGACACCAACUAG